AUUUCUUUAGAUAUAUUAUAGAAAAGUUAACAAUAAUUCGGCUCCGAGAUAACAAGAAUGAGACGGCGGCCGCCUGAAAUAUCCAGACGUGAAGCAAAAGCAGGAAUGCGACAAAGACCUUUCUCUAAAAUAACCUACCAAAUUAUUCUUCUUCGUCUUGACGCUACUGCUUUUUAUCCGAUUUCAGAUUUCUCCAGAAUCUUCAGAUUCCAUGGCCACCGUCUCCGCCUCCCCCCCUUGGCCAAACCCCAAUCCCACUCCAGGCUCUGCUGCUUCUUUCUCCUCCACGGCUCCGCACUCUGACGAUGAUUCCGACCGCCAGCUGGAUUCCAAUCCCAGUUCACCGGCGACGCCUCUUCCUUCCCUGCUCCACAUCUCCUUUAACCAGGACUACGGUUGCUUCGCCGUCGGCACCGAUUGCGGCUUCCGAAUCUUUAACUGUGAUCCCUUUAGCGAGAUUUUCCGGCGUGAUUUCGACCGAGGCGGUGGCGUUGCCGUUGUGGAGAUGCUUUUCAGAUGCAACAUCUUGGCCUUGGUUGGUGGUGGACCCGAUCCUCAGCAUCCUCCCUGCAAGGUCAUGAUUUGGGAUGAUCACCAGAACCGUUGCAUCGGAGAACUCUCUUUCAGGUCUGAUGUUCGCUCCCUGCGCCUUAGGAGGGAUCGGAUUAUAGUCGUUCUCGAGCAGAAGAUAUUUGUCUACAACUUCGCCGACCUCAAGCUAAUGCAUCAGAUCGAAACCAUUGCAAAUCCCAAGGGUCUCUGCGCUGUUUCUCAGGGAGCUGGUUCUUUGGUGUUGGUUUGCCCUGGUCUGCAAAAGGGCCAAGUUCGGGUCGAGCAUUACGCAUCUAAGAGGACUAAGUUCAUCAUGGCUCAUGACUCCAGGAUAGCUUGCUUUGCCCUCACGCAGGACGCCCACUUGUUGGCUACGGCUAGUUUCAAGGGUACUCUCCUUCGGGUCUUCAAUACUGCUGACGGCACCUUGUUGCAAGAGGUAAGAAGAGGUGCAGACAGAGCUGAGAUCUAUAGUUUGGCCUUCUCUUCAGAUGCCCAAUGGUUAGCUGUCUCAAGUGACAAAGGAACUGUUCAUGUUUUCGGUCUGAAAAUCAACUCUGGAUCUCAAGUGAAGGACACAUCCAGAAGGACACAUCCAGAAUGGUUAGCUGUCUCAAGUGACAAAGGACCUGAUGCAACUCACGCUGCUUUAUCACCGUCAUCAUCUCUAUCAUUACUCAGAGGAGUGUUACCAAAGUAUUUCAGCUCGGAGUGGUCAGUGGCUCAAUUCAGGUUGGUUGAAGGAUCUCAAUACAUAGUGGCAUUUGGACAUGAGAAGAACACAGUGGUGAUUCUUGGGAUGGAUGGGAGCUUCUACAAAUGCCAGUUUGAUCCAGUGCAGGGAGGAGAGAUGUCUCAGCUCGAGUAUCACAACUGUCUGAAGCCGCCUUCUGUGUUAUGAAACAACAAGUCAUCAUUCUCUAACUUCCUUUCUAUAUAUAAAAAUCUUGUUGAGUUUCUGGGUUUUAGGCUUGUGUCUCUGGUAGCAUAUGUGGUUUGCGGUUAGGUAUGGAAUGGUCGGUCAAUCUCGAAGGAUCAAGAGAGUAUGUGUAUAUAUAUGUAAAUGUUGAACCACUAAUCACUUAUUGAUUUAAUUAAUUACGUUGGAUCUCAUAUUGAGAAUACAAUUUUGCUUUAGUAAAAAAA